CAUGUUGUUUUCCCAAAGCGAACAACAAAGCGUCAAUAUCAAAGUUUUUCCUCUGUUUUCCUCUAUAUUUAUUGUAAAUAUCUCUGUUGGCGAACUUAAUAUUAUAUUUAUUGAUGUUUUAGAAGAAUUCAGUGGCAUAGAUUUGACAGAGAAAGCAUAGCAAACUUUCCAGCAUGUCUGUGGUUAUUGAGACCACACUGGGUGACCUGACAGUGGAUCUGUUCGUCCACGAGCGACCACUGACGUGCCUGAACUUCCUGAAGCUCUGCAAACUCAAGUUUUACAACUAUAACCUCUUUCACUCCAUCCAGCAUGGAUUCAUCGCACAGACGGGCGAUCCAACGGGUUCCGGACACAGUGGGAAUUCAAUCUGGGGUGUCAUCGAAGGCCCGCACAAGCGCUACUUCGAAGGCGAAACACUGCCCAAGAUUCGCCACACAGAAAUGGGACUUUUGUCGAUGGUGAGCUCUGGAGGCAACAUGAUUGGUUCCCAGUUCUUCUUCACUCUUGGCCAGGACUUGACGUCUCUGGAUGGCAUUCACUGUGUCAUUGGUGAAGUUGUGGAGGGCCAUGAUGUCCUGAGACAGCUCAGUGAGACGAUUUGUGACGAGAAAUAUCGUCCCUACAAGGAUGUGCGAAUUACUCACACUGUUGUGCUCGAGGAUCCAUUUGAUGAUCCUCGUGGAUUCCGUGAGCCCUCCAGGUCACCAUCGCCGUCAGUACAGAGACUGCAAGGUGGCAGAAUUGCCGCCGAUGAGGAGAUUGACGACACUCAAGGGAAGACUGAGGAGGAAAUCUCCGAAAUGUUGCAGAGUCAAGAGGCAAAGGCGAGAGCUACGAUCCUGGAGAUUGUGGGCGAUCUCCCAGAUGCUGACAUCGCCCCGCCUGAGAAUGUUUUGUUCGUCUGCAAACUGAAUCCUGUAACAACUGAUGACGAUCUGGAGCUCAUCUUCAGUCGCUUCGGGAAGGUGAAGGGCUGCGAGGUGAUCAGGGACAGCUCGACUGGAGCCUCUCUGCAGUAUGCUUUUGUGGAAUUCGAGGAGCAGAAGUCUUGCGAGGAUGCAUACUUCAAGAUGAACAACGUCCUGAUCGAUGACAGGAGGAUUCAUGUAGACUUUUCGCAGUCAGUGUCGAAAGUGAAGUGGCGAGGCAAAGGCAGAGGAGUUUAUCACGAGAAGGAUGAGAAGAGGAAUGGGAAAUCUGGUGAGAAUAGAAGAGAAAGAGAGUAUCCUGAGGAGAGAAAUCGCAGAGAUGAUCGCCGCAGGAGUCGUGAAAGGAGAAGAGAUUAUUCUCCAGCACCGCGAAUGUCUGAAUCAUCAAGGUACCAUCGCGACAGAGAUCACUAUAGAUCAGCCGCGAGAAGGAGAUCCCGAAGUGCUGAGAGAGGUCGAUUGAGACGCUCGCGAUCUCCAAUUGCCCAUUCAUCGCACAGAUCACGGCGGUCGCGCAGCGCUGAUCACCAUCGGAGGGUGUCACACUCCAACGGUCGAGACAAGAGACGCACUGAACGUGUGGAAUCGUCGAGCAGCGAGAGGGAGAAAGAGCAGAAGCGCAAGAAACAGAAGAGGAACAAGACCAAGAAGUCCAAGAAAUCGCGCACGAGCUCAGAUGACAGCUCCUCGAGCGACUCACAGGAUUACAGAAAGUCCAGCAAGAAGAAGAAGCGGAAGCACAAGAAAGACCGGUAGGAAGUGAGUGCGGGAAUGCGAUGUAAAAGAAGAAAGUGUGUUUGCAGAAUUAAAAGAAAAACUUACGCAACCACAGGAAAAGUCUCGCGAGUGACCCUCCUUUGAUGCAAUUCUUCGCAGAGUACGCAGAAAAGACCUUGUGUUUCGUGAGCUUCACGCUUUACGGAUUUAUGGCUUAUUCUGCGGACGAUUUAUGAUCAUUGCAGAGCACUCCCUCUCGACAAUAAUGUGUAUGUGUACAUGAUGGAAAAAAUUGAUAAUUAGGAAGCGAUAUGAAUCAUAAUUUCGCAGCACCAUUAAUUGGUAUGAGCAGAGCUUCUGCGGUCGCUCCUGGUUUGUUUAUCGAGUAAGCACCAGUAGAAUGGCAGAGAGAAAGAGAAGAGGAAGCCAAAGAAUGGAACAAUGAACUUAACUUUGUAGAAUGUUAAUUGUAGAGCCAUAUUUAGGCACGCGCGACGAAAAACCAAGACGCUGGUUAUUCGAAUUUCAGACUGGAGGUCUUCACCAGGCCAUGACCUUCUCACAAAAGUGGAGAAAGAGGUACUGCGAGAUGACAGUAUUUUUGUGGAUAAUCAUUCAUUGUAUUUAUGGUACAAUUGAGCUGGGCGAAACCUGGUUCUAUCUGUAAUCGCGCAAAAAUCAAAUGUCGCAAAAUCGACUAAAAUGACAACAGGGAGGCUAAUUAUGACGAAAUCUGACGAAAUUUUGACGAUGGUGUCCAAAAGUCGAAAAUUCAACUCUAAAUAUAUCACAAAAGUACAGUGAAGACAUUGAGAUAAUUCUGGGACUCGCGAAGAGCAUAAAUCAGCGUUAAUCACUGAUAACAUUGCCGAUUACUCGAGUGCAGAUCGUCGAUGAUCUUGUAAGACAUUCCGCUAAAAAUAUAAUUCUUUCUGCGUGUCUUCUUCAGUGGAAGUGUUAUUCAAGCAAUUAAAUUUUGGUAAUUAAAACACAGGAAAGUUUUCCGCUCUAUCUUCUUGCGUAAUAAAUUUUGGACCAUGAAUGAAUGCCAUAUUUUCAAGCGAAAUUUGAUAUGCUGCACUAUCUUUCAUGACACGAUUUCUCCGGCUGUUAUCAAUAGACUUGAUUACCACAAAUCCAUGAGCAAUUCCAAAUAUUUGGCAAAGGCUGAAGCUGUUAUUCUUCCCAGGCAAAUUUUGCUCUGUAAAAACAAUUAUAGUGAGAGCUCUAAACGGAGUAAUAAAAUGAAUAAAUAUCAUCGCAACGUGAAUAUUGAGAGACUUGAGUGUUUUCUCAUGACUUUUGUUGGAAUAUAAAAUUGAAAUUAUAUUGAAUUCUACUCUUCAAUCAUUUAACUCUCACGCAAUUUACUAUUUUCACUCAUAUCUCUUUGCCACUCUUCAUUGAAAAAAUUCCCCUCUUUGUGCAAUUUCUCGUGGAAUGGCUGAAAAAUGUAACUCAAUAAUAUCCUGAAUCCACCCUCAUGGAAGAGUGACUUUCUAGGAAGUUCGAAAGGGUCAAAAUUCACUUCAAACAUAUGUUUGGUUGACAAAAGAAGCGGUUAAGCGUAUAAUAUUUAACAUGUUAGCAAUGAAAUAUAUUCACUAAAAAUGUGUAAUGUUUGUUUUCGAGUCGAUAAGCCGAUAAUGAAAAUAGGCACAGCAGAAAUGGCACAUUCACUGACAACGCUCGCAAAUUGCACGAAAUACAAAUUAGGAAUGAUAAGAAAAAAAAUACAGGGAAAUUGUGCAACAUUUCAUAAUGUCUUAUCGCACGGAAUAUUACACAAAGUCCACAAAAGUUAGUGAGAAUAUUUCGGCAUCCGAAGCAUAAUCGACAAUUCAGAGUGCGGGAAUGGGAAAAAACCUAUACAAUUUGCUAUGGACAAAAUGAAAAUUACACAUAAUUGGCCCGAAAAGUCACCUCUAAAUGUAAUGAGCAAAAAAAACCAUUCCAGAACAAUUCCAAAAGAGUAAUUGUGACAAAAUUUUCAAAUGAGGUUCACGAUGAAAAUAUUGUGGCCUUCGGGGUGCUUUUUGAGUUUCUUUAAAAUAAAAGACCUCUCUUCUGCGGCGCGAAACACGAAGAAGGUCACGCUACAGAGAAUUAAGAGUUUUCGCGAUGGAGAAAAAAUUGAAAUGACUCACGAUGGAAUAAAGUUGCAAAUCACAUCUAUUUCUGUCUCUCUUCAGUGUGUGUUUUAUUUUUUUUGCCGACCAAAAUACUCUCUACUGAACGACAAGAUAGUCUGCAUUUGAAUUCGCAUUUUUUUCACGUGACACUGCAAACUAGUCUCAGAAGCGAGAAAUUUUCUUCAUACUUUUUUUGCACCUCAAUAUGUGCUCUCCCCAUGAUAUUCUAUAUCGCCACGGGCGCUGUGUUAGUGGAUAAAAUCGGUGGUAUCGGCAUAAAUAAAUAAUUACAUACAGUGCGAGUGGUGUGCGAGCAAUGAGAAUGUGUUCAGAGAACUUGCUUGAAAAUGAUGUGUUCAUGAAGUCGAUGGAGGUCAGGAUUGGAUUUAAUGAUGAGCUGCUUGGAGAAGAAUUUUACGAAAAAUGAUAUGUAAUAGAAUUCCCAGUACAACACUGACACCCUUUCCCACCACUUCGCUGCCGUGUUCCAGGUGAGCCACAAUAUCAAAUGCAUGCUCGCGACGUACGCUUACGUAUGUUCAUGCUUUGUGCAGGGAAGUCGAGGGGUCAACAAUCCAAUGCCAACUCG